UUGCUAAACUCCCGAAGAAUCAUGCCUCUUCCAGAUACUAUGUUCUGCUCUCAGCAGAUUCAUAUUCCCCCGGAACUUCCAGAUAUCUUGAAACAGUUCACCAAAGCUGCUAUUAGAACUCAGCCAACCGAUGUAUUGCUAUGGUCUGCAGGGUAUUUUUCAGCUUUGUCCAGAGGAGAUCCCCUUCCUGUAAAGGAGAGAGUUGAAAUGCCAGUGGCUACCCAAAGGACAGAUACAGGAUUGACAAGAGGACUCCUUAAAAUUUUACAUAAACAGCUUGCUUACAAAAAAAUCGUGGACUUAAGAGACCUUCAGCAGAAGUGGAAAACUUUGUGCUUGCCGAUGGAAAAACUAAAAUUCAUUCUCAAAAUGGAUCCUGUUGAAGACAAAAUAGAUUGGAUGAAAUUUUUAGCACUUGGCUGUAGUGCUCUUGGUGGGACAUUACACAGUGCAAUGAAGCAAGCUUGUGAAAUUCUUACAGAAGACCCUGAAGGCGGACCUGCUCGCAUCCCAUUUGAAACUUUUUCUUUCAUCUUCACUUAUCUCUCAGGAUUAGACCCCGAUAGAACUGAGAAGGAAACUAAAAUUUUUCUCAAAAAUCUUGAGGAAACAGUAGCCGAUAGGAAAGAAGGCAUGAUAGGAGUUUCAGAUUUCUUCAUAGAAGACAAGAAGAAAUUGCAAUAUCUUGCAAUUUAAGAAGCAGACAAUAUGGGACUAGUUCAGAGAAGAAAACUCUUUUAGUCAAAUAGUGCUUAUAAAAGCUUAGCACAAAUACAGCUUUGCC